AUGGGUAACAACAUGAUAAGCGUGAAAAAAUUGAAAGCCAUGCGUGCAGAGGUCGAUUGGGAUAUGGUGGACGAACGACGCAAUUUUCUUCGUCAACUUUAUCCCGUGAUUGAAAAUUGGAAGGGCCAACUUCCGGAUCUACGAGACAUCUUUCGUCCUGAAGAGAUCGACUGGCUCAUCGCCGAGGAAGUGACGAGCAAAAGCGACGACGAGUCCGAGGCCAACGUCGAAUUUCCACUCGUCAAAUUCGUUAUCAACACAGGCUACAAAGACGCGCCGGCGAACAAAGACAAUCCACUUCGCACCACACCGGUGCAUCUGGCGGCCAAACGCGGAUUCGCCCGAGCCGUCGUCGAUCUCUUUCAAAUUUACGCGGAAUCCGAGGUGAAUUACCGGGACGAGGCGAGCGGCGUGACGCACUUUCGCCUGGCCUGCGAGUACGGCUGCAACGACGUGUGCGCGCGAUUCCUCGAACGCGGCCGGCAGAACCCGAACAGCUUCGUGCCGCUGGUCGACGCGGCCGCCCGCGAAUACGACGAUCCGCCGCUGCACCUGGCUUUGCGCCGCGAGAACCCGGCCCUGUCCGCGCUGCUGCUUCAAAGCGGAGCGGAUCCGAAUUUAGCGAACGGCGAGGGACUGACGCCGCUGCACGUGAUCUGCCGCAACGAAUUCUAUAACGGACGCGAGGACGUGGGCCUGCUCGAGGGCUUCUUCAAGAUCUGCGACGAGCUGGAGCUCGAGGUGCUGGCCGACAUCAGGGACAAGCUGGGUCAGACGCCGCUGCAGCUGGCCGUCGCCCACGGCCUGCAGAGAUUGGCCGAGGUGCUGUUGAGGCGCGGAGCCGACCCGAAUCAGCCCAACGUCGAGGGUCUCACCGCGCUUCACAUCAUCGGCAUCAGGGACCACGACGGUGGCAUGGCCAGGGUGCUGUUCGACAUCAGCAACGACCGAGUGCGAAUAGACGUCCAGGACGAGCUCGGCAACACACCCCUGUACUACUCGGUGUUCUGCGACAACGCCACGGUCUUCCAGAUGCUGCUGAAACGCGGGGCAGAUCGCAACAUCGCCAAUAAGGACGGCACGACGCCGCUGCACUGCGUCAGCAAGAGUCACGACGAGGCGGUGGGCUUGGCGCGGCAGCUGUUCGAGGUGGGCGACGACGUCGUGCUGCACGUCGACGCCCAGGACAAGUCGCUGAACACGGCGCUGCACUACGCCCUGAUGUGCCACCACGGUCAGGUCGCCGAGCUGCUGCUGAGGCGCGGCGCGGAUCCUAAUCUCGCCAACGCCGACGGACUGACGGCGCUGCACAUCAUCUGCGUGGUCGAGGAGCCCCACGACGACACGUUCGCGCGACUCUUCUUCGCGAUCUGCGACGAGGCGGGUCUGCGCGAGCCGCUGCUGCUGGACGCGCAGGACAAGCUAGGCAGGACGCCGCUGCACUACGCGCUGGCGCGCGACAACAAGAAGCUGGCUGAGAUGCUGUUGAUACGCAACGCGGAUCCCAACGUCGCGGACCUGGACGGCUCGACGCCCCUGCACAUAAUCUGCCUGAAGGAGCGAGACUGCGACGACAAGCUGGCCAUAUUCCUGGGUACGUUCUUCGAGUUGUGCCAGGAGAACGGCAGGCAGGUCCAGCUCGACGCCGUGGACAAGUUCAGCGAGACGCCCUUGCAGCUGGCGGUGGCUCACGGCCUGGACAGAGUGGCCAGAGUACUGGUGAAGAGGGGCGCCGAUCGCAGCCUGGUGAGGAAGGACGAGUCGACGGUGCGACACAUCGAUUGCUUGAGCGAAGACGACCUCUACGACGACGAAGAGGACGAGGGAGAAGAAGUAGGGAUAUUUUCCAUGACGAUGUCCUGA